AUGGCGUUCAAGUACUUCGCCCUGUUCGCUCUGGUGGCCGUUGCUAGCGCUGCCGUCCUCCCGGUGGCCGUCAAGCACAUCGAAUAUCCGGAUGCUCCCGCCGAAUAUCAGUUCGCCUACGACGUGCACGAUGACCACACCGGUGAUAUCAAGAGUCAACACGAGGAACGCCAUGGCGACAAUGUGGUCGGACAGUAUACGCUGAUCGAUGCGGACGGAUAUCGCCGUGUGGUCGACUACACCGCAGAUGAGCACAACGGAUUCAACGCCGUCGUUCGCCGCGAGCCUGUCAAGACGGCCAUCCCUAUCGCCAAGGUUAUUGCUCCAGUUGCUAAAGUGUACGCCGCUCCGAUUGCGAAGGUCGCCGUGCCGGUAGCCAAGGUUGCUUACCCAGCUUACCACUAUUAA